AACGGUAAAAAGAUGGUCGCUUGCUUCACGCGUUGCUCGGGAAAGUCGCGGUGAAAUUUUUCGCGAAAAUCGUUCAUUUUUGCGGGUAAUUUCGGGUGAAAAGUGCUCCGUUCGAAACCGGAUCGUGUCGCGAGUGUUUCAAAGCUGAUUUCCGCCACUUUUGCCACCAUUUAAAGCGCUUAUUCGGGACUCAAAGUUGGUGUUGCAAAUUUGCAUGGUGUCACACGAACACAAAGUGGGCUGAAAAUGUUGGACUAGCGCUGACGGGACGGGACGCAGCAUAGAGUAACAAAAAAAAAAAAGAGUGUGAAAUUUUUUUAAUUUUUGCCAAACUAGUGUAGCGCAGAGGAUGGAGUUUUCCCAACCUCCGCCGGACCCGAUGGCGGGCCCAAACUUUGCGAAUCCGCCGCCGACGACGCGGAUCCUGAGCUAUCAGGGGCCGCAGCAGCAGCAAAAGCAGCACGGCUUCUACCACCACCGGCCGUACCAUCACUUUAAUGGGUUCCGCGGUGGGCCGCCCAUGACGCAGGACGACUUUGACGGCAAGCGGCUUCGGAAGUCGGUGAUGCGGAAAACCGUCGAUUAUAAUGCGUCCAUCAUUAAGGCGCUGGAGACUCGCACCUGGCAACGCGACUACCGGGACCGGCGUGCCCUGCAACCGGAGAGCAUCUACCUGCCGGAGAUGUUGCCACCGCCGAGCUACAUGGACAAUCCCAUCAACGCCGUCACGACGCGCUUCGUCAAAACGGCCACCAACAAAAUGCGCUGCCCGAUCUUCACCCUGGCGUGGACUCCGGAGGGCCGCCGUCUGGUGACCGGUGCCAGCUCCGGCGAGUUUACCCUCUGGAACGGGCUCACCUUCAACUUUGAGACGAUCUUACAGGCUCACGACGUGUCCGUGCGGACCAUGGUUUGGUCGCACAACGACAACUGGAUGGUGACGGGCGACCACAGCGGCUUCGUCAAGUAUUGGCAGUCCAACAUGAACAACGUCAAGAUGUUCCAGGCCCACAAGGAGCCGAUCCGUGGAAUCAGCUUCAGCCCAACGGAUUCAAAGUUUGCCAGCUGCAGCGACGACGGAACGGUGCGCGUUUGGGACUUUUACCGGUGCCAGGAGGAGCGCGUCCUCCGAGGUCACGGUGCGGACGUCAAGUGUGUCCACUGGCACCCCCAGAAGGCGCUGAUCGUGUCCGGCAGCAAGGACAACCAGCAGCCCAUCAAGCUGUGGGACCCCAAAAGUGGCCAAGCACUGGCAACACUGCACGCCCACAAGUCGACCGUGAUGGACCUCCGGUGGAACGACAACGGCAACUGGCUCGUGACGGCCUCGCGUGACCAUCUGUUGAAGCUGUUCGAUCUGCGGAACCUUAGCGAGGAGGUGCAGGUGUUUCGCGGUCACAAGAAGGAAGCGAGCGCCGUGUCGUGGCAUCCCGUGCACGAGGGUCUGUUCGCGUCGGGUGGUUCGGACGGGUCGAUUCUGUUUUGGAAUGUUGGCACGGACAAGGAGGUCGGAGGAAUCGACAACGCGCACGAAAGUAUAGUGUGGACGUUGGCGUGGCACCCGUUGGGCCACAUUCUGUGCUCCGGGUCGAACGACCACACGAUCAAGUUCUGGACGAGGAAUCGGCCGGGUGACCAGAUGAGGGACAAGUACAAUCUCAACACGCUGCCGGCGAGUUUGGCCGGGUUGGACGAGUGUGAGCUGGAUGACCACGUGGCCAUUCCGGGCAUGGGACCUGAGGAUAAGAUCGACAUGGCCGACAGCUUGGGAACGAACAACAACGGGGUCAUUCCGGGGUUGGACUUUGCCAACGUGACCAACUUUAACGAUAAAAUGCGCGAGAAGAAGAUUCCGUACAGCAAACCGAUUCCGCGAAACUUCCAGGCCCAGUGGAACGAGGCCAACAAGUACGAUGAUCACCACGUGGCAUCGGACGAGAUCAAGGACGUGAUAUCGCAGAUCGUGGAAAGCAAUCCGGGUGUGGCGCCGCUCAAGAAGAUGGCCCCGUCGGCGAUCAUCGUGUACGACCGGGUGAUACAGGUGCAACCGGGAUCUGAGCUGGAAUCCGUGACGCUGGAGGGACCGGAAGCGCUCAACCGGUACAUCAUCAUGGGUCGCAUACCGGAGCUGCACGACAUGAUCCCACCGAUCACCGACGAUGAAAUUCUCCAGAUCGAGCAGAACGGGUUGGAUAUUUUCGCGAGCCGGGCCAAGCUGGACAUCGAUCCGACCUUCAUCUACAACAAAACCACCAAGAUUGAACCGACGGAACCGCCGGAAGCUACCGAACCCCUACUUUCGUCCACAUCGCUAAUGAAACGGCGAACUCCACCGCCAACAGCGCCCGAUCCAACGGCGGGCAUUCCCUCGUUGCUUCAGCUGGACAUUAACCCGCCUCCGGACGUACGGUUCAACACGGAUGAACUGGAGGACGAAAUCGCCCUGCGGAACAGCAAAAAGGGUCGCGAGCGGGAAAAGCAAAAAGAGAAGGAACGUCGCGAGCAGCAGGAAGAGAUGAAACUUUGGGCCGAGCAGAACGAGUGCAACUGGGACGACGAUGGUGGUGGCCUCGGCGGUGGCGACGACAGACCCACGUUCAAGUCUCGGGACCGAUCACCGAUCGACAGCCACAACAGCAACAGCAAUGGCAACUGGUCGACGUACGAUCGCGACACCGGCGGAGACACGCUGGCCACCGGCGGCAGUUACCACAGCGCGGACAACAGCCGCGACAACGCCAACAGUCGGGACGGGUCCGGCUUCGGCGGCAACAACUUUGGCAGCAACUUCAACCAAGGCGGCGCCGGCGGCUUCGGUAACACCUUUAGCGGUGGUCCCAACAGCUUCAACCAACCACCAAACAACCGGCCAAACAGUUACAAUUCCGGACCGCCCACCAACUUUGGCCAAGGUCCCAACAGCUUCAGCCAAGGUCCGCCCUACGGUCAAGCACCGCCCAACUUCAACGGACCACCGCCAAACUUCAACGCCGGUGGUCCACCGCCCAACUUCAGUUCCGGACCGCCGGUCAACUUCCCGCCCGGCAACUUCAACUCGGCACCGCCCGGAAAUUUCGGCAACUUCAACUCCGGACCUCCACCUCCGCCGCCAAAUAACUACAACAACAACAACUUCAACAACGGUGGUGGUGGUGGCGGCGGGAACAAUUACGGUGGUCCGGAUCACGGCGGAAACGACGAUUGGAACAGGGGGGGAGGUCGUGGCGGCGGUGGUAGGAAUAACAUGCGAGGGGGUGGGCGCGGUAAUCAGCGUGGUGGUGGGGGCUUCCGAGGGGGCAAUCGGCGGAACUAAGGCUUUUUUUCUAGCGAAUAAAACAUGUUUUUUUGAAUAAGAGAGCGCGCGCGCGUGAGUGUCGAGUGACGAAUGUGGUGUACAAAUAGUUUCGAUUUCGCGAGGGAAAAUUUACGAAAAUUGUUUGUAGAAAAUUAUUAUUGAAUGGGCGGGAGGAGGGCGAGAAUCGUUGCCUGGAGUGUGAAAAUUUAUCCGAUAAGAAUAAAAAAUGUAUGUAAGCA